CAUGGCCGCACGUGGAGUUGUAAAGUUAAACGGACUGAAACACAUUUUGAAAUCUGACAUUUACACUGUCUAUAGUUUGUCAAAACAAGUGGGUAACGAUCGUAAGCUGCAUAUCCCAUCAUGUAACCAGUCAGUCUUAAGUAAAGGGCAGCUUUACAUUGGCACAAGAAACAACUGGGCAGGUGACUUUUUGUUUUCGAGAAGACAGUUCACUGUGAGCACAGCUAGAUUUGCAGUCACACCUCAGUCAGCAUCCCAAAGCAGUUCAGAUGAGGAGGCAGGAGCCUUUGAGAAGUUCAACAUCUCUGAGAAAGUUCAACACAACUUGAAAGGCAAAGGCAUCCAUUUUUUGUUCCCAGUCCAGUACCAUACAUUUCAACACACAUUGGAAGGCACAGAUGUGGUUGUUCAGGCCAGAACUGGAACAGGAAAAACACUGUCGUUUUCUUUGCCUUUGGUGGAAAAGUUAUGCCGCCAACCAGCACUAUUGCGUCAACCGGGAAGAAAACCACGGGUAUUAAUCCUUGCACCGACACGGGAGCUAGCUAACCAGGUGCACGAGGACUUUGCUUUCCUGGAUAGAGAUAUCAAGGUUGCUUGCGUGUUUGGUGGAGCCAAGUAUGAACCACAGGUGGAGCGGUUGCGGACAGGAGUGGAUGUGGUGGUGGGUACGCCGGGCCGGAUGAAAGAUUUGAUGGACAGCGGUCACCUGAAACUAGAUGCUGUGCAACAUGUCAUACUGGACGAGGUCGACCAGAUGUUGGACAUGGGAUUCCAGCAUCAGGUGGACGAGAUCAUUUCCUCAUUCUAUGAAAGGGAUUUGAAGCCCCAAACCAUGUUGUACUCUGCAACGAUGCCAGACUGGGUGAAGAAAACAGCCAACAAGUAUCUGUCCAAGGAUUAUGAGUACAUCAACCUUGUUGGGAAACAAAAUGAACAGACAGCCACCACCAUCAAGCAAUACAGCAUGCAGUGUACAUACAAGGAGAAGGAGAGCUUGUUACAGGACCUGAUCCGCCUUCACUCCAAUGGUGACCGCGUUAUUAUAUUCUGUGGGACAAAGAUAGAGUGUGACCGUCUAGCGCAAAUCAACUUUGGUGGCGGGUCUCGUGCUCUACACGGGGACAUUGCACAGGCCUCCAGAAGCGUCAUUAUGAAGGGUUUUAAAGACAAACAGUACAAUGUUCUCAUCACAACAGACGUGGCAGCUAGAGGGCUGGAUGUUCCCGAUGUCAGCCUGGUUAUCCAGACACAGCCACCACAAGACGUGUCCAAGUACAUCCACCGUGUUGGGCGAACAGGUCGCGCAGGGAAGGAAGGAAAAUCUGUUCUGCUUUACCAAAAGGACGAGUGGGAGAUUGUCAAAGAGUGUGAAGCGGCAGCUAAAACCAAGUUUGAGAAGAUGCCAGCGCCCGACCUGAAGCAAAUGUGGGAAAUAUGCAGUAAAGAUGCCACCAAGUCCAUUGAGAAUGUGUCUUCCAGCGUUUUGGCACAGUUUAUGAAGCCUGCAGAACAGCUAGUGCAGAGUUAUGGUGCUGUGGAAACCAUUGCUGCCGCAAUUGUCGUUAUCUCCGGGGCCGAGAAAUUUGCAAACAGAUCCCUUAUCACCCGUGAGCCGGGCAAGCUGACCCUCCUGAUAAAGUCGCUCAGCCCAGUAGAGGGUUAUAUGGCAGCACGGAGGAAGGUGAACAACUACCUGUCUGCGGAAAAACUGAACGUAGGAAGCGUGGAACUCACACAGGAUAGAAAGGGUAUAGUGUUUGACAUGCCGCUGGAGAAUAUCGAGUCAUUUGCCGAAGAGUUUGACGACCUAAAGGAAGAUGCAGGAGAAACUCUGGAGAGACUGGAGCAAUUACCUCCACUCUUACAGAUCCGCUCAGACUCAUUUACAGACAGGAGUGGCCAAUGGAAACAACAGCAAGGAGGGAACCGCGGUUGGAACAGGGGGUCCAGCAACAGCUCAUAUGGUAAAAAAAGUAGUUCGUAUAGUGACUAUGGCAGUCGGGACUCUGGUAGCUAUGGAAACAAGAGGAGUUCAUACGGUGACUAUGGCAGUCGGGACUCUGGUAGCUAUGGAAACAAGAGGAGUUCAUACGGUGACUAUGGCAGUCGGGACUCGGGUAGCUAUGGAAACAAGUGGAGUGCGGAGAGGAAGCCUUACAGGGGAGCCUGGAACUCACCACAGGAGGGCGGAAACAAUUCACAAUCCAAGAGUGGCUUUAACAGGUCCAGGAAAUAUGACUCUGAUGACGAGUACUGAAAAUAAUAUAUUAUUUUACUAGAUGAUACUUGUGAACGUUGUACAAGAUGAUAUUAGUGAUCAUUGUACUAGAUUAUACUUGUGAUCAGCGUCCAUUGUUUUCACAAGAAAUGUAUUAAAUGUUAAGGAUAGCCAUUACAAUAGUUAGCCAAAACGCGAAAUCGGAAUUAAAAAAGUGUCUCUUUAAAAAUUAACUUGAAAUAUAGACACAAGCUCUAUAUAGGCACUCUGACAGAUUAUAUAUACAUGAUUGAUUUAUUUACUUCAUGAAAAUGUGCUGCAAACCAGUGUGACUGAUGCAGUGUUAUUGUUUCUUGUUGUUGUUUUAGUAGUUAUUUAGAAAGAAUUUUUUGACCGUCUCCGUGGCCUAGUGGUUAAGGCCUAUGGAGCAGGAGGUCGUGGUUUGAUCCCUGGCCGCGUCAUACCAAAAGACGUUAAAAGUUGGAACAAGUAGCUCUCUUGCCUGGCACUCGGCAUUUAAAGAGUAGUGCUUGAAAAAGCGGUGUACUCAGUACUGGUCAGUACUGGUUUAACCCAGGAAAAUUGUAUCCUGUGUAUCGGUGCUUAACACUUUCACAGGUUAUCCUUGAACGCAAGGUCUCAAAAAUACAUACAUACACACUAACACAAGAAAAAAAAUGUGCUAUGGAAUUAAUUGUUAUAAAUAAAAGCAAGCGCUUGCAUUCCUUUAAUAUUUAGAUUUAUAACUUUGAUGUAAUUGUGGAAAUUUUGAGAGAAAAUAAAUAAAUAAAACUUGAAUUUUUUUACUCUUCAUAUGCAGCAGCAGAAUGUAUAGUGAACCAAACUUCAAUCUUGAACAAUGUAUAACAUCGAGGGUAAUUGUUUGUUUCAGUAACUUCAUAAUAUAUCACUGAGUGAGCACCAAAAAAUAUAUAUCAAAGUUUGUUUACAAGGUAUUAAUUUGGAUUUUGCACAGAAACCAAAAGGUUUGCUUUUUAAUACUUGGUAUAUGCUCAAAAAGGAUAUUAAAUAAUAGUUUAAUGGAUGUUUUUGGAUGAACAUAAAAUUCAUUGAAUUUGUGUCCAAGUGUGCAAUGAUAUUGAUUUGGAAUUGAGAGCAGGCUAAAAAUUUAAAACAGUGUAAAAUAUCAAAAUAUUAUUUCACUGUUUAAACCACUUGAUAAAUAUUGCUUUGGGUGCUCACUCAGUGAAAUAUAUCACCAUCUAACACUGAAACAAUCAAUUAUCCUAUUUGUAUAUGAUGAAUCAAGGAUAUGACAAUUGAAUAUAUUCAAAAUAUAUGUUGUAUUAUUUCAUUGUUUAAAAUAACUUUAUGGGUUUAUAAGACACAUUAUUUGACAAUAAUAUUAUAAACAUGCGUAGAAAACACACACACAAGUCCCAGAAGAUGUCGAGCAUACUCUUGAUGGUGGCCAUAUGAAACAUGAUGUUGUCAAUAUAAAACAUAAACUCGUUCGGUUGGCAUCAUAUUCAGCACUUUGUGAGAAAAUGCUAUUCAAAGGUAGAAAAAUAAACAGAUAUUGCACAUUCAUAGAAUUACAUUCCAACUCAACAUUUAGCUCAUUGUUUUUUAGAAUUUACUUUCUACAUUAACUGCAUGGUACAAAGAAUUUUGUUCACAAGUGCACAGAAAACCAUAAGAAAAUGUGUAUGUUUACAUUUCAAUAGCUACCUAAAGGGACUAGACACCAAGAGAAACAGUUGCAUGAGAAAAAGAAAAUUGUUAAAUUAUGACACAUGCAUCUUUCGCUGUUUUUGCGCAUUUUCCAAUUGGACAUUUAUUAUGGCUGUCUACCAUGUUAAUCCCAGUAAGUUUAAAUUAAAGAUAGUGUCGGUAUAAUUAUCAAUUUAUAAUCAUUUAUUUAUUAUUUAAACCAUGUGAUAUGAUGUGGUGGCCUCCUUCUAGCUCACAUUGACAAUUUUAUGCCUGUUUUGAGAAAAUACUGCAUUUUCCCAUUUUUGGACCAUCUGGUGUCUAGCCCACUUAAUUUGUCUGUGUUCAUGGAUUGCUUUAUGUUUAAGGUAAAAGACUUCCAGAGACCAUUCUGUGGUUAGUGCUUUUAAGAUAGUAAAUCUAAAAGAAACAAUGUCAUAGAUUAUGCAUUUCAAUGUAUUCUCUUGAAAUGUGUUUUCUGAUAGUAUGGAAAGUUAUUAGGCCAUCCGAUUUUUACAUUGAACAAUUUUCUUAAAGGACGCCCUUACUGUAAAUCUAUUAACAUGUGAAAAUGUACAGUUGCGUUAUUUCAUAGUUUUUCAGACAUACAUGUGAGAUAACAAAACAUUGAUAACAUGAAGUGGACAUUGCUAUUGAAAUGGAGCACACAAUGAUUUUCUUAUCCUGUCUGUGUACACAAUUGUAAAUCGAUAUAAACCCUUAAGCACAGACAUCUUGGAUGUUUUAAGCAAAUUGGAGUUACCUCUCUUGUGCUAUGUAAAGAAAAAAAAAUAUGAUUACAGAAGUUUGUUUAUUGUGUUUAAUACUUGGCUGUUUGUUAUCAAAGUGGGCCAAAGUUUUUCAGUGACUUGUCAAUGUAAUGCUAGAAUGUAUAAUUUGAUAAACUUUUGUUAAGAUGUUUGCUCUGUAGUGUUAUAAUUAAUGUUGGCCAUUGAGAUCCUAUCAAUAAAAUGUAAAGUUCA